UUGACAACGUGCAAGCGAUUGACAUUUGAUUUACAAAUUCGUUGAAACAGCUGUGAACAAUCGUCGUUCUCUGUUAUUUACAAAAUAUAAAUAAUUCUUUGAGUUCUCGAAUCGUUUUAAUAACUUUUCUAAUAAUAACUAGCUGGUAUAGUUAUUUUUUAGUGACACAUUCAGUUAAGGUUUAAGAAAUGAGAUCGAAUAUGAGUCAUUAAUUAAACAGUGUUUUGCGCUGUUAUUCAACUCAAGGCUGCGGUAAUAAAGAAACGUUUUAGUGAAUAUAAUGUGUAGUUCGACAUAAUGGUGGAAGAUAAUGAUCGCGGUUACGGGAGGACCGCCAACAAGAGCACUUUGUUGAAGAUCGUGAUUUUAGGAGAAGGCGGAGUUGGCAAAUCAUGUUUGAUGAGCAGAUUUAUAUCGAACCACUUCGAUGAUCACAGUUUCCACACUAUUGGAGUGGAGUUUAUGAACAAAACUAUCGAAGUUAAUGGAAAACCAUACACGUUACAGGUAUGGGACACAGCGGGCCAAGAGCGCUUCAAGUCUCUCCGCACACCGUUCUACAGAGGCUCAGACAUCUGCAUCCUAGCAUACGCUAUAGAUGACCGUAGCUCCUUCAACAACAUCAAAAUGUGGCUCAACGAGUUCUUGCAUUAUGCGGGAGUCAAGAAUGGUAUUGAUAGAUAUCCCUUCAUGGUUGUUGGGAAUAAGUCAGACGUUUCGUCAAAAGACAGGGAGGUAUCCUACGACCAGCUGAAGCAGUGGUGUGAGGAGAACAAGAUCGCGACCUAUAUCGAGACUUCCGCGAAGAAUGAUAAUAAUGUCGUGGAAGCUUUCUCUAUGGCUGUACAGAGAUGGGUAGAACUAGAACAGAGAGCAGAGAAGGAGUUGGGCAUGCUCCACCAUCCUGACACGGUGACUCUUCACGGUUCCACCACAGCAUCAAGCAUUAGAACCACAUGUUGUUCUCGGUUCAGUGAGGUAUGAGGCCAACGUGCUUAUCUCAGGGUCUCAUCAAAUGUGUGUGAUAGAGGUAUGUUGAUAGUGGAAUUUUCGAGUUACUUUUGGGCACUGUUCAUGUAAGGAUUAAACUUAAGAUGGAUGCUAGGUUCAGCCAAGGGUAUCCACCCGCGUCCAGGAUAAAAGUAGUACAGAGUAAUUCCCAUAGGAUGCAGUAUUUACCAGGGGUAUCCCCUGGUAAAUACUAGUUAUGUUACAGACAUAGAAAUGGUUGUAUUGUCCUUCUAUGUAGUUCUAUCCUUAUGUGAUUUCAACUUAACCUUUGCUAAUACCCAAUCAGGAAUAUUCCGUUUUGAAUAAAAAUAUAUCUUAGUCUUGCCUCAAUUGAAGUUUAGCGAGUUUCGACUUUAUGUCUACCUUGACAGUGUUGAUAUUUCCUUGGCAAGGAGUUUCAAGCUGGUCCCUUGUUUAGAUUUGUCGGACCCAUGCGUAUUAAGAGCAGUUUGAGAGGUAGGUAGUUUUCAGUCAAAACCCUGCUUAAGGGUAGUUUAUAAUAAAGGCUUAAGUGCCUUUCUUACUGUAAACAAUGUUUAUAGUUAUUGUACUGUAAAACAGUAAUUGGUAUGAAAAGUAAAUGUUAAGCCAGGAAACUCCUUAAACAUACUUUUUGUUCGUUAUCAACAUACCUCUUUCACGAUAAAAUCGAGUAAUUUACGGUAUUACGUAAUUUUCUACUACGUCAUGGCAUGUGAUAAACUAUUCUAAAUCUAUAACGUUUUUUCAUGUAAAUAAUGUUAUUUUUUAUUAUUAAUACAUCGGAUUGAAUAGGAAGCAAAAGCACCAAUGUUGAAGCGUAGUUUAGUUUGCACUUAAAGGUUAAUUUUUAGGCACUGUUUAAAAAUAUUUACUUAAAAAUUUUGAUGUUAAAAAGUAUACCUAAUUAGAUAUUUUUCCCUUAAUUCAAAGGAUGUCUGGAUUAAUUGGACAAUUUCACUUAAAUUAUAUUUAAAGAAGUAGUUUUAAUUGUGUAGUUUAAACAGUUUUUACGAUACGUAAAUUAAACACAUACUUAAAUCUUAUAACAUUCAAAAUUGUCAUUUGGUUGUGGGAUUGCUUUUGAAAUGCAGAAAUAUGGAAAGAAAAAACAUUCCAGUAUGUUUAAGUUACAAUAUACACUACAUACAUGUUUUGAUUUGAGUUAUAUUGUAUAAAAAUCAAAAAAUAAUUGUUGGUUUUUGAUAAGAAGAUACUUACGUUGAGUUUACACCAUUUCACUAUAACGAUAACCGCAUUUUCAGUUGUCAAAUCGCCGAUUUAACCAAUUGCCGGCGGUUAUCGUUAUAGUUAAAUGUAGCAAAUCACCUUCGAACGUUUUGUUUGGUUUUUAAUCAUACAAUACUUAUUUUAUUUUUGUUUUACCCACAAAAGUGAGCCUGUAUGCAAUUACAUAAAAAAAUAUGUAAGAUUGUCAGUAUAUUUUCUAAUUCCAACAGAAAACCAAAGAUGUAUCAAAAUGUGUUUUUUAAACUAAAAAUAAACCUAGAAAUUGAAUACUCUAAUAUUUAACUAACCUUUGAAGCUUAAAAACAUGUUGUUAACUCGGCCUAAAUUACUGUAAAUAAUACUUAAAUUAUCUGUAACCUUAAAUAAUAAUGCUUUAGUAUUACCGGAGUUGUGAAUUGAUUUUUUAAUGCUUAAAUAUACUAUUUUCUCAGGAAUUAAGACUUUUUGUAAAACUUGUUCUAUUAAAAAAAAAUCAUGUAGUUGCCGUCCUUCUUAGACUUGGGUGAAAUUGAAUAAAUUGGUUUAGAGUUCACAAAGCUGAAUAUAUGGUAUUUUGGUCAAUGCAACGUUAGGGAAGUCCUAAGUACAAUCGGAAGAGAAAACGCAUGAACGUGUGAACACAGUCUUACAGCUUUGAUACCAUUGUAUAUUAUGUAUUUAAUGCUUUGUCUACGUUUUUAUUAUGGUUUAUUAAGCUUUUUAAUACUUAUACCUUACCUAAAACAUAAACUGUAAAAUCUAACUAUGCCUACUUUGAAAUCUAGGACCUUUUCAAGCAUAUCCAAAUGUAAUUGUUAUAGUAUUUAAUCACCAGUCAUAUUUGCAUGGUCAUUGACUUUUUAUGUAAAAGUGUAUUUGUAUAUUUUUUUAGAAAUAUAUUAAAGGUUGUUUUAAACCCAUUCAUUAUUUUCUCAAGGUCAUAAGUCAGAUAGAACUUAUAUUAGAUACUUUGAGUAUAUACUAAGAUAUAUAUAUUAUACUGAUUUAUAUAUUUUUUAAACCAAAGGAACUUUAAAUGUUGCUGUGUUAGUGCUUAUACAAAAAGUAUCGAAUGUAAAUUGCUGUUGACUUUGCUCGAGUAUCUAUACUAAUAUUAUAAAGAGGAAAACUUUGUUUGUUUGUGUGGUUGUAAUGAAUAGGCUCAAAAACUACUGGACCGUUUUUUAAAAUUCGUUCACCAUUCGAAAGCUACAUUAUCCACGAGUAACAUAGGCUAUUAUUUAUCCCGGUACGGGCAGUAGUUACCACGGGACGCGGGUAAAACCGCGGGAAAACGGCUAGUAAUACAUAUAGUAUUUCAAUAUAUUUUGUAGAAUAAAAACUAUAUAUAUUGUAUUAGUUUUAACGCUGAUUCUCACUAAGUGCCUAGCUUUCUGGUUACCAUAUUGUUAAGUGGUAAUGUAAAAUAUAAAUUAUUGUUUUACAAUCGAUAUUAAAUUUCUCGAUGACAUGAAUGUCUCAUCGAUAACAAUUUAUUUAUUUUGGUGUUGUGAACAUUUGAAAAUCGUAUUAUACUAUACGUGUAGUGUAUACUUAAACUGAAUUGGUAGCUAACUGAAUUAUUUUUCCAUUGAUAUUAAUUGUAUUUAAAAAACAAUGUUGAUCAUUUAUUAAUCCACGAAAACGGAAUUUAGAGCUUUAGUCAUUCACUCAUGUAAAAUUAAUUUAUACACUCCCUAAUAUAGUGUUGUUUGAUGUACUUCUUUAAAUUAAAAUUUAGUAUUGGUAGAUAUUAUUGGCGUAUAAGUCUCUGAUUAAUUUUGCCGUCUCGAAAGUCUACCUCAAUGGGUGUUAUUGAAGUAGGAUUGUUUAUGUAAAGCUAGUUUUGAUGGCUCCCGAUCUUGUGGAAUGAAAACUUUAAAAUGUAUUUAAAAUGCUGCAUAAAGCGGUAUGUUUACUCCUGUUCAGUUUAAAUUAUUUACUUGUACUUACCUAGAAUUAAAAAGGGCUAUGAAUCUCAAUGAUUAUGUUUCGUGUAACUUAAUAUUUUUACUAUUUCGUGAGCAUUGAAAUGUCUUGAAAAAUCAUUAUCGCUUGUCUCGUUUUUAUAUUACUCGGAUAAAUAGUAUUUUAUUUUCAUUGUGAACUUUGAGUCAACAUUGGAUCGGGAGCCAUGUUAAUAUAGUUUUAAAAUAAUGCACAUAGAGGGGUGGCGUGCGUUUGUGAAUAAGAUUUACUUGUCAAAAUGUAAAAGUUAUUACAAGCUUGAUAUUUUACAGUCAUGGUACCUAUUACCUAAUAAAGGGUUUGAAAGCA